AUGGGCUCUUUGAUGCCAGAGAAAUUCGACUUUAUUGUCGUUGGCGCCGGCGCUGCAGGAGCAGUCCUUGCAGCUCGCCUGGCAAACAGCAAUCAACGCCCUUCGGUCCUUCUCGUCGAGGCUGGAGGCAAAAAUGACUCCAAGGAUGUUCGUGCCGAUGCAGACAGGUGGCUUCACCGAAUGGUCCCUUCUAUGAACUGGGGCUACAAAACCGCACCAGUCAAAGGCUUCGACGGGAACAUCGUUGACUACGAUCGUGGCAAAGGGCUUGGGGGAAGCACCGCCAUCAACUUCUCCGUAUGGACCCUUGGCCCGAAGGACGACUAUGACCAGGUGGCACGCCUUGUGGACGACGAAGAAUGGAGCUGGAACAACGUUCAGAAGAGGUACAAACGGCUCGAGUCUUAUCACGCAACUGCCCCGGAUGUGCCAGAUGAUGUCAAGCGAUACCUUGACCCUAGUCCAAAGGACCAUGGAUGCGAUGGCCCCAUCAAGGUUGGCUUCCCCAAGGUCUGGGAGCCUUCUUGCAAGACGUUGAUGGAUAUUUGGUACGCCAACGGCACAAAACCUAAUCCAGAUCACAAUUCCGGAGACCCCAUUGGCCUUGCCGCGUGCAUUUCGACUGCAUACAAAGGAGUCCGAUCGACAUCCGCAGAUGCGUUAGUGGGAGCGCCCAGUAACCUACACAUCUUGGUCGACACUGAAGUGGCUCAAGUGACUUUUGGUGGUACGAAGGCUACCGGUAUUAAAACUAUCGAAGGGCAGUUCAUCCAAGCCGACAAAGAAGUCAUCUUGUCGGGUGGCGCUCUUGACACUCCAAGGAUCUUAAUGCAUUCUGGCAUAGGCCCCGUCGACGAGCUUAGCAGCUUCAACAUUCCGAUUGUCCAAGCCAAUGAAAACGUCGGAAGGCACCUCAAGGAUCACCACCAUGUCAUGAUCCCAGCUCUCCGAGCCCACCACACGAGUGAAAGAACUCGAUUCUACAAGAGCAAGGAGCUUCAAGCGGCAGCCCGAGCUGCGUGGGAGAAAGACGGUAGCGGGCCAUUGUCAGAAUAUGCCUGCGCCUUGGGUAUCGGAUACCUGAAGCUGGAAUCACUGUAUGACACUCCAGAGUUCCAGGCUCUACCAAAAGAAGACCAGGAUCAUCUACGAAAGCCGACAGUUCCUCACUAUGAGAUCAUCCUCAACGGGCCAUGGCUUCCGAACUUCCUCGACCCAGAGAACGCACAAGCUGGAACAAAAGUAUUUGUAUUCACCCUCAAUCAGAGGUCGACGGGGUCUGUCAGACUUCAGUCGUCUGAUCCCAAGCAGCCCCUUAUCUUCGACCCCAACUUCUUUUCCCAUCAUUUCGACAAACGAGUGGCUGUGGAGGCCACACGGGACGUCCUUAAGGUUAUGAAGAGCCCAGAAUUCCAAAAAGAUACCCUGGCUAUAGAUGGCCCUAAGAGUGAGUCGGAGGAUGAUAUCCUGGCUUUCUGGAGAGCGAACAGCAGUUCGACGUGGCACAUGAUGGGAACUGCUAGGAUGGGCAAAGACGAAGGCAGCGCCGUGGUGGACAAGAACUUCAAGGUGUUUGGUGUGGAGAAUCUCAGAGUGGCCGACAUGAGCAUCAUCCCCGUCGUCUCCAACAACCACACGCAGACGACGGCGUAUCUCGCUGGGCUCACUGCGGCCGACAAGCUAGUUCAAGAAUAUGGGCUUGACGGCUAA